AUUCGUUUGAUUCGUUUCAUCACAUACCUAUUUUAAAGCAAAAAAGAAUUUCCCGGUUUUCUUUUUAGUAGUUUUCUCUCUGAAGUAAUGUAGGAAAAUUCGUGCGUACAAUUUGUGGUUUCGUGAGUUUUCGGCAUGGAAUUGACUACUCGCAUCCUGCUAACCAAGUCACUAAGUAGAUGGCAAGGAUGAAAAAACCUGGAGAACUGGGCUGACAUUUUUAUAACAAUCGAUCGUUCCAUUUUUGACUUCUCCACCAAAUAAAUUGACGAUGAUCUGACCGCGUUUGGUGUGUACAUCCUGACUUACAUUCUUAAACAUGUCAAGGCACAAAUCUAUCAUAGGAUUCCUGUGAUGGGCUCCAGCCAGUUUCUCGAGGCCUUUCAUAUACGAUUUGCAGCUUAUGAGCUUCCACUUCUUUUUCACUGGAACAGAAAAUUGAUAACAUUACUUCGUGCUUUCAAGGGAGGCCUCAAAGAUUUAUCAGACGAUCCUCUGCUCUUUUACUAUAGAGCUGUCUUUCGACUUUAUGCAGAGCCUCUACUGUCACUAUCGGUGACAAUUUUCCAUCCCUCUCGACAGGGGCCGACAGGUUCCAAAUUUUCUGGGGAAAAGCCCUGCAGGAAAGAGGAUCAAGGAUCUCCCCUCAGCCAGUCUUAAUUCUCCGCCUCUGAACGUUUAUAUAACAGUAGUAAUGGUGAACACUUAACACGUUGACUGCCACGCCGGUCGUAUCGACCGGCCUCGAAGGGUUCUGCCGGUUCUUGUAGAGUAGUUUUAUUUGACGAGGAAGUAUGAUUUUUUUUUCCCCAGAAAACUUUUAUUUUCGUACUUUUAUUCAAUAUCUUCGUAGUUUAAUAUUUCGCUGGAAUACCAAGUUAUUCUAGAUACAAGAAGAAAAAAUGACGAUGUUUGAUUAGAUUACGUUGUUGUACCAGCAGUGAUCUAAACCUAACCUAACAUUGUCAAAAGACAUUGUUUUCAAGGAAACGAAAUGUAAUAUAGAGGAAAACGGAGCAUCGAAA